AUACGUUUUUUCAAUAUCGAAGGUGUUUGGUAAUCGACGGAUUCUUCGCGGAGUCCUACAUUUUUUUCUGCAAUUAAAGUAAAAUAAUUCCGGAGUUCCAUGCUCUUGUUCGGUGCCCGGUGCAGCAAUGUACCGAGAAAUUGUUUAGGUGCUACUGGGUUGCGUUAUUUUAAUGUUAAAAGCACCCCAAGGCUUGGAUUUCCGUGCGCCUAUUCCGAGGAGGAAACUCGAAAAAUUCUGAACAAGCUCAACGAGGAGGAUGUGGAGCAGCUUUAUAAGUACAACAUAUCUAAGUUUCGCCUAAAGAAGAUAGAAGGCUGGCGCAAAAAGUUCGGCACUUUCAUGUCCCUGGAUCAAGUUCUGGAAUUGGACGGUUUUGGAAUCACGGUUCUCCGCAAGUUUUACGAUUCGAUUGUGAAAAAUCCGGAAGAUGUCGAAGCGGCAGCUCAGAAAGUCGUCAAGAAGGACGUCAAAUUCACCACCCCGAUUUUCCCGGUCAAUAUAAUUCCGAAGAUCCAGAGCUGUGUUUCGCUCUAUGUGGGACUAGAUUACGUUACCUGGGCUAGGUUCAAGUUAUCGAAAGAUGAGCCUACGGUUUUGACUGGAUGGAACAGUUUCCAGAUAAAUGAUCGUAAACUGCACGUGAGCGAACUGAUUCGCAAUGUAACUCAAAUCAACCAACUAAUACCGGAAGCGGAUGUGUACGUUGUGGAGAAUCCGGCUGUGGCCCAGGCAGUGGCCAUGGGAAGUGCCACCCAAACGAACAUAAACGUCCAAAAGUCCCAACUGAUUGCAAUGAUCAUGCUGAUGCUGUCGAAUCGUGUUCCGGAAAGUAGCGAAAUCGUCCCCAAUGUGUACUUUUUCAAGCAGUACGCGUCGGCCAGGCUGUUCGGAAUCUACGUUGGGAAUGAAAGAGUGUCCGCAGACGGUGUGGUUCGAUCUUUGAUGGAACGGCAAAUUGGUCCAAAUGAAGAGAGCGUGGAAAACGUACAGUCGAAAGUGGUGAUUCCAUCCGGGUUGAAGGUGGUGUACGAAGAAAACGACAACGCUGAGCGGGAAUUUUUGGGCCAAUCCAUGUUGCUUGGCUUAUCUUUCUUGAGGCUGUGCGUUUUCAAAUGCGAAGAUAGUUUGAAGAUUUUCCGUCGAUGAACCGAAACAUGUUAAAAAGGUAUGUAUAUAGAGAAAAGAUGUUGUAUAGAGUUUAUGAAACAUU